UAUUUUACCAACUUCUAAUUCUAAUAAUGAUAGUUAUGAAGAAGGAACUGAAUUAGCGGAAACAUCUGUAUCUAGAAUUAGUAACAGAAGAUUGUCUACUUUACAAAAUAAUCAGAGUCAAGCUCGUAGUGGUCGAAGUCGUCCCUAUACAAUUCCUGAUCUUACUGGCCUCCGGUUAACUAAUAUUAAGCUUCAUUUUCUUCCACCUAACACUACUGCACAUCUUCAACCAAUGGAUGCAGGCAUUAUCAAGUGUUUUAAAUCAAAAUACAAACAAAAAUAUAUUCAACAUCUUCUCACUCAGUUUGAACAAGGUGAAGAUAUACAAAAAGAUGCAAUUUACUAUAUUGCAGAGUCUUGGAAUGAAGUUAGUGAAACAACAAUAAUGAAUUGUUGGAAAAAAACUGGAAUCUUGUCCUCUAUUAAUUAUGAAGAAAUACAAGAUGCAACAAGCUCUUACGAUACUUUUAUUAAACAAGAAAAUGAUAAUAUUGAGUUGUCAGUUGCUGAUUUAGACUCAUCAGUCCUGCCUCAGGUCAACAA